CAAAUUAAUACCAAAAAACAAACAAACAGAUAAAACGCCGGCGAUCUUUCGGGAACAAAACAACUGGCAACGCUUUCAAUGACGAAAUCAAUAUCCUUAUGGAUGUUGACCGAACGAUUGCUCAGGCAGUACUGCGAGAGCGUUGAAUAUUAUGAUAUUUGAACCUCGGGGUUGCCAGCUCAUUUCGACAUUCAUUUGCGUGACAAUAUUAAUACAAAACAGCAGUGCACGCCUGUGAAGUUAUUCCGCAUCGAUCUUAGAACAACUAAACAGACAUCGCACUAUAUUUUCUCUUUGUUGCGUGUGACGCAGGUGUACCAAACUAGGAUGGCUUUUACUCUACUACCUGAGUAAUCUGCAUCGUAUCGCAUUGUUUACGUUACGCAUGGAUUGAGAUCUGCCAUCCGGCAACGCUGGAAUAUUUUGUCGCGACAGUAUACGGUCACUUGGACUCAUAUCCAGAAAGAUAGGAGGCUACAAUUAGACUAUACCGGUACCCAACUGCACUGUAUCGCCGCUUAGAAAAACAUUGUGUAUACAAAACUGACGUCGUUCAGCAAAAAGAAUCUUGAUCUGAUAUAAACCCGUAAGGCGUGUCUGUUUGAAUAAUAUUGCUAUGUGCAUAGACUUAUUUGUGCGCGCUUAGCUGUGAAAACAUGGAAGGUCAACGGGCAAGUUCGCAACAGGAGCCGGCAGGUAAUGCUUCCGCUGAAGAGGCGGGAAGUACUCGCACUAGGAUAGCCCAGGCUAGGGUUGUAAGGGUUAAGGAAAAAGUCGAACCUGGACUAAAUGUGUCACUGAUAUUAGCCAUAUUCAUCAAUUUUGCGAUGAUUAUCGUUGGAAGUUUUGCCUUUGGAAAAUGCCCAGUGGAACCUUAUAUCCCUUUAUACUUGGUAGCAGUAGGAGCUGUAGGUUUCUUAGCAAAAUGCACUACCGCUGCCAGGAAAAUGAGUAACGUCCAGUACGCCGAAUCUACCAAGAUAGAGGCUGUGCUGUUUUCGGUCGAGGCAAUGUUUUUUGUACUUGGUAGUUUCUGGGUUUACAAUGCAUAUCCGCCAAGCUACGACCCAAACGAUGGUGCCAAGUACUGCCAGCGGACAGCGUAUCUCUUUGCUUUCAUCUACAUCUCAAUCAGUUACGCUUUAUUACUGGCAGCAAUCGCUGGAGUUCUGUGCUUUUUAUUCUGCAUUUGCUUUGUCGUUGCUACCAUAAAGGAUGAGGAUGCAGAAGCCAAUCUUCGAGAAAACGAACAUGCGACUGAACAAAUCUGAAAUUGUUGGGUUAUCCAAUCCAGCGUUCAAGUUCAGCGUGAAAGCUAGAGAUAGAACAUACACGUAUUCAUAUGAAGCCAAUUUAGUGGCCAAGGCAAAAUAACUAAAUUGGAAUUGAUGAAAUAUGUUUUAAUUAUUCUACUCAAUAAAUAUUUUUUAAUUUAUUAAAUGUACGAAAUGAGCACCUUGUUGUUGGCAAAGUUCAUUUCUCUCAGUUGUUUUGCGUAUUACAUUUUGAAGAUGCAUUGGUGUAACCCCCAACUCGUUUCGUGUAGCGGACGGUGUAUUAUAACCUCGUUUUUGAUUGUUUCCCAAAAAUAAAAAUCAAGCGGCGUUAGAUCGUAUGAUUUAAAUAUUUAAAUAAACAAAUUAAUUUCGAUCCAUCAUUUCCAAUCCAGAUUUCCCUGUCGCCUCAUUCCUGGCAAAUGCCAGUAAUUACUGACAAAACGGCAACACCGCAUAAAUGCAUAUUCGCCAGUUCACCUGAUGACGUCGUGAAUCAAAAAGUCCGAUACACUGAUACACAACAUCCUAAUCACCCACAUUGUAUUCAAACUACAAACAACAGACUUAUAAACAUUGCAAAACGAUUAUUGAGUCAUUGAUUGCAAGUUGUUGAUGUUGAUACAGGAUACGAAUACCUAAAACCUGUAUGUGUGUCGGUGUUAAAGAACUAAAAUAAAUGCUCUCUCGGUAAAUGUCUCUUUGCCAAUGUUGUUGAAAAUUUUAAGUGAUGGUGUAUUCAAAACUGUUGGUAAAACAUAAUUUGUAUUGUAUUUUAUAGUAUUUUUGUUCUUCUAUUAUAUUUGUAAUAUAAUAAUGUUUAAAUAAACACAAUAUAGCGAAUUCAUCCCCAUAUAUAGGGUGAUUAAUUUAGACUAGCAUUUCAGCAACAAGAGGUAUCAUCUCAGCCAACGCGACAGACUCUGUUUUUUCGACGGAUUGACUCUUCUACUGGUCUCUGUGUUUUUUGGUUUAAAUCAACGUCAAUGGCAUUGCACUUUUAAAUAUUUAUUAAAAAAAUACACAUUAAAGUAAAUAAUGAACAGAAAAUGCAUGCAGGUACCAUAUUUGCAGUCAGACAAAAUAAAGC